CCUCGUUGUGCUCGCCCUGUAAAUGAUGCGUCUCAAAGGUCACGGACAACGCUCCAUUGGCGCGACAAACGACCAACAACCUUCGACGGGAUCAUCAUGUCUCUUCAGUCGAACACAUCAUUGAUCAACUUGCCCCUGUGCUGUUUUUGUUUUUCUCGUCUCUCUAAUCCGUUUUACUGGUUUCGGAAACGUAGAAUAUCUUGGGGAUGAAUACCACGCGCCCCCCCGACCCCGAUGCCGAUGCGGAUGGCGAUGCCGCCGAGCGGAAUCGAAGGAAGCUACUUGAGGAGUAUGGUUCAGUACUGGAUGAGUCUCUCAUCAUCUUGAUUGUCAAUGAAAGAGACGUUGUGAAAGACUACGCGGAUAUUAGUGAAGUUCUGGACGAACUGGCCGGUCCUGCCCGCGCGGAAGCAGCGACGGGAUUUGACCCAUCGGGCCUAGGCAGCGUAGCCGAGGUUGAGGGCUUGCGCCUUGACGAGACGACCACCAGCGGCAACGGUCUCGAUUCUUUUGCCGACUAUUCGACCAGCAUCUCCGAGUACUCAGACCAGUCUGAGAAUCGAAGGCUUACCGAGGAAACUAAUCUGAGCGAUGAGCAGAAGAUCCAAGAACUCGGGCUUGUUUUUCAAGGCAGGUUCAGGGAUCACACGCUUGCCUACAUACUCAAACAGACCGGCGGAGAUUUGGAACGCGCGUUUGACGAGUUACUCAACCGUCAGCACCUCGAGGACUCGAGCGUCCUCCCCAAGGGUAUUGAUGGCUUCUUCAACCUGGACGAGGAUCUACCCGCCAAGGGCAAAACCAGCCGUGCCCGAAAAGGGAACGGCAAGACCAAAAAGCAAGUCUUAGCCAUCAAGUACAAGGCUGUCUCGUCUACCGUCGACGAAGGAGAGCUUGAGGGCGCAAAGGACUUCGCCCAGUCCGCCGACUCACGAGGAGCAGGCCUCACACGGCGUGUUUUGCCGUCAGCUCCCACCGUUCUCCCAGCCAUAAGUACACCCCGCUUAGCACAAACGCCGUCCGACUCAUCACCCGUGACCAGCGACUUCGGCGCCGUCAGCAUGCGCGCCGCCGCUUCACUCCGACGGAUGGGCCCUCUUGGCCGUCAAGGCGCCGUCGUCUACACGGAAAGAGCCCGGGAAGAGCGGGGCACCUUGACAGUUCGUGCCUCGCAGGCGGCCGAGGCGCACGUCGCCCGGCAAAGCACCGCCACUCUGGUCGAUCUUCACGGCGUCUUCGUUAUGGACGGAGUCCGCAUCGCCAAGCAGCGGGUCUGGGCGUGGUGGAACGGCCUAGGCGAAAACCGCAAGGCGCUGGCCAGGCAAAACGGCUUCACGAUCGUCACCGGGGUGGGCAAGCACAGCGCUGGCGGCGUGUCCCGUCUGCGCCAGGCCGUCGGGGCGUUUCUCAAAAAUGAUGGGUGGAAGGUGGAGACGCUGACGGGGAAGUUUUAUGUUACGGGCAGGGUCUGAUCUGAUGGCCUGUCGGCUUGGAGUUUGGGCGCAAAGGGGUCAGCAUGUCCGGUGUGCGCUUGUUGUUGGACUAGACAUGGCCGAGAGGCUGGAUUUUGUGUUGACUUUGGGUUGGGGUUAUGGCCAUGUUUGGUUGAUCGGAGGCAUUCUGUCAAGGUAUUGGUCGGAACUGGACCUGACCCGAUAUGAAUGUCGAUCUGAGUAUUGCGUGGGUAACGGACAGCUCUCUCUAGGUUGGGACUUGUGAUCGGUCAAGGAAAAUAGAGUCGGAUUGGAUGGCAUCGCAGUAACUCUGUAUGUAGGUAACCAGAAUAUUUGUGAGUACGGAAGAAGGUGAAGACAUUCAAAAAGGCUGAGAACAACCAUGUUCAAUG